AUGCUCAUGCCUUUUCAGACACACGGGGAAGAGAUUUCUCCAGCCCUGAGAUCUCAUGCUAUUGGUUUGAGUGAGGCUGGGGGGGUGCAGAAGGGAGUCGGGGACUCCCAGAAUCUCCUCUCCGGAGAGGCUUGGGGGGGCAACACGCCCCAGGGCUGGAAGUGCCGGGCCCAGGACUGGAAGUGGCGUCCACCUUCAAGUCUCACGUCCGCAGUGACGCUGGAUGUUUCGGAUGGGAAAACAGCAUGCGCUUUUCCAGAAAUGCUUGGACGCCACCUCAUCAGAAGAGAACAUAGCCUGGGUCCAUUACGUCCCCAGAACCAUGCUGCAUUUUAA